AGUUGAACCUCGGACAAGACGGUUUUACAUACAACGGAAAAUCGUGCACGGAAAGUUUUGUAUACUACAGGAAUUAUUUUGUGUGUUUUUUGUUUCUACAGCAACUUUUUUCUAUCCUUUUAAGCAACAAACACGAAAUGAAAAGGAUAGCAAUAUAUUUUUGAAAAACAUACACUUUUAAACUUGUGAACGACGUCAUAACCUAGAGACAUCAUUUUUGUUGCUGUUACUUCCUUGUUGUUGUUUUUGCUCUGGUUCAAUAUCAAUGUAAAGAUAAAGUGGAGUUUGAGAGCGAGUUGUUGGGUCCAUGUGUGAGGGAGUGAAAUUUUCAUAUUGUUAAAGAUAUAAAGUGAAAGUGUUUUUUUGUGUAUAUUUGUGGAUGAUGAUGAUUGUCUAAGGUGUUGCUAAAUAAUUUCAAAUUCUGUAUUUAAUGUUAGACAUAAAAGUGAAAAAAUAUAAAAAAAAACUUUAAGAAAAAAAGUACAAACGUUUUUCUUAAUUCACGUGACCCUAUUUUUUAUUAGUAUUGAUGGCUUCUUCUACUACUUGAAAUACAUAAAUUACUAAAUCAAUAUUUACACCUUAUUUGGUGAUUGUGGUGUUGGUCAAUAACUGUGAAAAGAACGUAAACCAAACCAAACCAAAACAAAACGUAUUUGUUUUUAUUUGAUAUAUAAUGGAUUUUACAAAAUUUAUGAAUAAAUUUAAUGAAAUCGAGCGACAAUUGUCGCCAACUUCUGCUUUACGCUUAAGUUUCGACAAUAUUUCACCCGAAACGGAAGAACCCGAAAAUAAACGCCUUUGGGGUGUACCAGUACCACCGUUUGUUUCCGAUAAAGUUGUUUCCUGGAUUGAAGAGGAAUUUACAGAUCCACCUAUAUUUUUUAAUGAUUUUUUAGUAUUGAAAAAAGUUGAAAAUGUUCGCAUGAUUGAUCGUUAUAAUACGAAAAAUCCAAUUGUUGGUACUUUAUAUUUGACAGCAACACAUUUAAUAUUUGUUGAACCGGACAGCAAUAAAGAGACAUGGAUUAAGAAUAAAGUUCUUCGUGAAAUAUUUGAAGAUUCUUAUUGUAUUUGUUUCCUAGAUUAA